AUGUCGAAUGCUCAAAGGCAAGAUAUUGAGAAGCCGAAAGGCCAGGAGACAAGAUCUCGUCGCGGUGGUUUCACACGUUGGGAUCGUAAAGACGAUACUUUCUCUCCUCCAACCGGUCCAAAGGCCGACAGACAGCACAGCGGACAGAACGAUACGUACUCUCCCUUGGCGUCGGGUUUAGGCGCAUACGAUCGCUAUGGUUCAAAAAGACAAGGUAACAACUCUCGUCGGCGCUCAAGCAUUUAUAGCAGUUACAAUCAGCGAUCAUACGAUACUGACUCCCGUAAUCCUAGAUCCAACGCUCAUUAUAGCUACGAUACGCGGGAACGAGAUAAUGCCGCUCAUUGUCCUUCAAGCCCAUAUAAUAAUCACAACCCCGGGAAACAUGAUAACGAUCCUCGUUCUCCCAAGUCCAGCGCUCAUAGUCGCUGGGAUGCACCGAAAAGAGACCCGAAAUCUCGUCGUCGGUCUAGCAUUUACGGCUUGAACCCCAACUCACUUCCCCUCGGAUCGAAGUUCAGCAACCAUCGUCGUGAUCGGCCCAGUUCUCGCUCUCCCAGAGCAGUCAAUCUAGGAAUGGGUUCACGACUCAAUAGCCCUAAAGGCCGCGAGAGUCCUUAUAGAGUCAUCGCCAAGUCGUCUCCAUCCCCACGCAAACAACAGUCUACGUACAAACCGACGGAUUACGAAGUCAUUCACUUCCUUCUAGACCUUGAUUCUCAUUCGUCUCUCCUACAGGACAAAUAUCAAAGGGAUAAAUUCCAGAAUGCAAUGGCGCAUUGUCAGGAUAUGAUCCGAAUGCACGUUAUUCAGGUCGAAGGGGAAAUGGACUGGCAGGUCACUGAUGCGCCCGUUAUUUCGCAAGCACAGCCCUCUUGGGAUCAGAGAUUUGAGCCGUACUUUAGCUUGGAGGAUGUGCUACUUGGACAGACUCAGAUUUAUCAUCUUGAGCAAGGUGGCUAUCAUGCUCAUGGUCAAGAUACAUACUAUCCUCCUAGUCCAGAUCCUUAUUGUCCACCCAUUCAGGAGGAGUAUAAUCCUGCCGCGCAGGGUAGCUGUCAUUCUGCUGCACAAAGCGAAUAUUCUCUCGAGGAGGGUGAAAUCUAUGAUCUUGGCAAUGAUGGAUUACCACCUCCUUUCACGGACACAUAUAUUCCUCCUGAAUUAGAUCAGUAUAUACCUACGAAUCCAGAUGAGUACAUCGCUCAUAUGAAGCGCGAAGAUCUGGAGCUGGAGUUGGAUUUUAUACCGACUUAUAUGGGAUAG